GUUUCCGCCAGCCCGAUGGGCUUCGACGCGAACGGGCCCGACUGCACGACGGAUGGGGAGCCCAGGCCCAGGCCGAGAGGGAAAGUGGGAGAGGAAAAGAAAAGGCAUCGGCUCGCACGCAAGUACGCAACGCAAGUCGUCAUCGCACGGGACGAGACGAGUCGAGGUCCAAGUCGCUCGAGCGCAAGCCCGCCGUCGCUCUCGCGUCCGCCCCUGCUCCGACCUUCCAGAAGCUUCCGGGAGCCGUCCAUGGCCACCGCGCCCGCGCCGACCGCAGCCGCCCCCGCGCCCGCCGCCGCGGCCGCGGCCGUCCCGUCCGCGUCGGUGCCGCGCGGGCAGGUGGAUCUGGUCGACUUCAUCGACUGGACCGGCGUCGAGUGCCUCAACCAGGACCCCGCCCACGGCAUCGCCAACGCCCUCAAGCAGGGUUACAGGGAGGAUGAGGGGCUGCACCUCGCCAGCGACUCGGACGAGCAGCUGCUCAUCUACAUCCCCUUCAUGCAGGUCAUCAAGCUGCAUUCCGCGCUCUUCAAAGGCCCCGAGGAAGAAGGCCCAAAGACAGUUAAACUCUUCUCCAACAGAGAGCAUAUGGGUUUCAGCAACGUCAAUGACUUCCCUCCAAGUGACAGUGUUGACCUGUCAUCCAGCCAUUUACUGGAAAGUAAGCCUGUCACGCUAAAGUAUGUGAAGUUCCAGAAUGUUCGCAGCCUGACUAUGUUUAUCGAAGACAAUCAAAGCGGAGCUGACAUCACAAAAAUUCAGAAGAUCGCGCUUUAUGGAACCACUGUGGACACAACAAAUAUGAAGGACCUGAAGAAGAUAGAAGAACAUUAAGCAGACCCAUCUAAGAUAGUGGUGUUUCAGUGGGUGUAAACAUUUAACUGUUGUGGUUGAUGCUGGCAACUUUGUGCCCCUAUUUUACACAUGAGGUAUUUAAGAGCCCAGUUAGCCUCCUGUAGGCUGCAAUUUCUGCGUGUGGGCUUGUUUGACAAACGAAACGAUGGUCCUUGCUGAGAAAAUUCAUAUCCAUAUCCCUUUUCCCUUGA